AUGUCCUUCUCCAGCCAGCUCAGCUCCCGCUGCUCCGCGCCCUGCGAGGUGUCCUGUCCCCAGCCCUGCGCUGACGCCUGGAACCAGCCCUGUGUCACCUCCUGCGGGGACUCCAGGGCUGUCAUCUACCCCCCGCCCGUGGUCAUCACCUUCCCGGGGCCCAUCCUCAGCUCCUGCCCGCAGGAGAGCAUCGUGGGGUCGGCGUUCCCGUCGGGAAUAGAGCGCCCCGUGGGCCUGCAGGGCUCCAGGGUCUACGGAGGCUUCUUCUCCUCCUGCUCCCCCAGGAAUGCCUGGAGCCGGCGCUCCGGGAGCUGCGGGCCCUGCUGA